UCUCAUGCACUCUCCCACUUGUUUUCUACUCAAACCCAUUUUCCUUCAUGCCUUGUCUUCCUUUUUCCAUCUUCUAUUGUUGGCAAUGGUUUUGGUGCCAUUGCUUUGUAAGAGAAUCAUCACAGUAGAAUCCAAAGAGAAGAAAACUAAUAAUAAUAAUAAAGCUUUGUUUCAAAAGACUCUGUUUUGUUCUGUUGGUUUUUCAGCUUUCAACCUUUUCCUCUCUCUCAUCAACUACUUCAUUUGGUAUAGAACUAGUUUGACACAAGAAAAGCUUUUUACCCUUUUGGAUUUGGCUCUCAAAACUGUUUCUUGGGGUGUUCUUGCUAUUUCCAUGCAUAAUGAUCAUAGAAGAUUUCCCUUACUACUAUUCAGAAUUUGGUGUGCCUUCUACCUGUUUGUUUCUUGUUCUUCCUUUAUAGUGGACAUCAUUGUUCUUAUUCUAUACAAAAAACAUGUUCCUUUACCACCUCAGUGCAUAGUUUCUGAUGUGGUAGCUACUCUUGUUGGCUUGUUUUUUUGUUAUGUUAUGUGUUUUGUGAAGAAUGAUGAGUGUGAAGAUAUCAGCACCAUUGAGGAACCUCUAUUGAAUGGUGAUGAUCAUGCUUCUUCCAUGGAGAAAAAAGAGACUAAUAGAGGGGGAGAAACCGUUACGCCUUAUUCGAAUGCUGGAAUUCUCAGCAUUCUAACAUUCUCUUGGAUUGGUUCUCUUAUAGCUCUUGGUAAUAAGAAAAUCUUAGACCUUGAGGAUGUUCCACAACUAGAUUCCAGAGAUAGUGUUGUUGAAGCUUUUCCAGCUUUCAAGGAAAAGGUUGAAGCAGAUUGUGGUGGAACAAACCACAUAACCACUCUUAAGCUUGUGAAAUUGCUAGUAGUUUCAGCAUGGAAAGAGAUUCUGUUCACUGCAUUUCUUGCAUUGUUGAACACUUUGGCUUCUUAUGUUGGUCCUUAUCUUAUUGAUGCUUUUGUUCAGUUUCUUGAUGGAAAACAACUCUAUGAAAAUCAGGGCUAUGUUUUGGUUUCUGCAUUUUUUGUAGCAAAGAUUGUUGAAUGUCUUUCACAAAGGCAUUGGUUCUUUAAGUUGCAACAAAUCGGAAUCCGAAUCAGAGCACUGCUUGUGACAAUGAUCUAUAACAAAUCAUUGACCCUGUCUUGUCAAUCAAAAAAGGGACAUACUUCAGGGGAGACAAUCAACUUGAUGACGGUUGAUGCCGAAAGAAUCGGUGUUUUCAGUUGGUACAUGCAUGAUUUAUGGCUAGUAAUAUUGCAAGUUUCAUUAGCAUUAUUGAUUUUGUAUAAGAAUCUUGGCAUUGCUUCAAUUGCUGCGUUUUUUGCAACAGUUUUUGUAAUGUUGGCAAAUAUCCCUUUAGGAUCAUUGCAAGAGAAGUUCCAAACAAAGUUGAUGGAAUCAAAAGAUACAAGAAUGAAGGCAACAUCAGAGGUUCUUAGGAACAUGAGGAUCCUCAAAUUACAAGGAUGGGAAAUGAAGUUUCUAUCUAAGAUAAUUCAACUCAGAAAAACUGAACAAAUGUGGCUAAAAAAAUUUGUUUACACUUCAGCCAUGACCACAUUUGUGUUUUGGGGUGCUCCAACAUUUGUUUCUGUUGUUACUUUUGGCACCUGCAUGCUUGUAGGGAUUCCACUUGAAUCAGGGAAAAUCUUAUCAGCACUUGCUACAUUCAGAAUUCUUCAAGAGCCUAUAUACAAUCUUCCAGAAACAAUUUCAAUGAUUGCACAAACUAAGGUUUCUCUUGAUAGGAUUUCGUUGUUCCUUCGCCUCGAAGACUUGCAAUUCGAUGUUGUAGAGAAGCUUCCAUUAGGUACUUCUGAUAAAGCUAUUGAAGUAACUAACGGAAACUUCUCUUGGGAUUUAUCUUCUUCAGUUACAACAUUGAAGAACAUAAAUCUAAGUGUUUUUCAUGGCAUGAAAGUUGCUGUUUGUGGCACUGUUGGAUCAGGAAAAUCUACAUUACUCUCUUGUAUAUUAGGAGAAGUACCAAAGGUUUCAGGAACUCUAAAAGUGUGUGGUAAGAAAGCAUAUGUUGCUCAAUCACCAUGGAUACAAAGUGGGAAAAUUGAAGAUAAUAUAUUGUUUGGUAAGAAGAUGGAUAGGGAAAAGUAUGAGAAGAUUCUUGAAGCUUGUUCCUUGAAGAAGGAUCUUGAGACUUUGUCAUUUGGGGACCAAACAAUUAUAGGUGAACGUGGGAUAAAUUUGAGUGGUGGACAAAAACAAAGGAUUCAAAUAGCUCGUGCUUUAUAUCAAGAUUCUGAUAUAUAUCUAUUUGAUGAUCCUUUUAGUGCUGUUGAUGCUCAUACAGGUUCUCAUCUCUUUAAGGAAUGUUUGUUAGGCCAUUUGAGUUCAAAGACAGUAGUUUAUGUUACUCAUCAAGUAGAGUUCUUACCUGCUGCUGAUCUUAUAUUGGUCAUGAAAAUUGGAAAAAUUACUCAAUGUGGAAAGUAUAUUGAAUUGCUUAACAAUGGAACUGAUUUUAUGGAACUUGUUGGUGCACAUAAAAAAGCUUUGUCCACACUUGAUUCAACAAGUACCUUUGAACAAGAUAUUAGUGUCUCUAAUGCUCAUGUUGUGGAACAAAAAGAGGCAAGAAAAGAUGAUCAAAUUGGUAAUAAAAUAGACAUCAAUGAUCAUAGUGAGCCAAAAGGCCAGCUAGUUCAAGAAGAAGAAAGAGAGAAAGGUAAAGUUGGGUUUUUGAUAUAUUGGAAAUACAUCACCACAGCAUAUAGAGGGAUUCUUGUUCCAUUCAUAUUGUUGGCUCAGAUUCUGUUCCAAACUCUCCAAAUUGGAAGCAACUAUUGGAUGACUUGGGCUACACCAAUCUCACAAGAGGAUCCAUCACCUGUUGAAGGAUCAAUUCUUAUAAUUGUUUAUGUUGCUUUGGCUAUUGGAAGUUCUUUCUGCAUUCUUGCUAGAGCUAUGCUUCUUGUUACUGCCGGUUACAAAACUGCUACACUGCUAUUCAAUAAGAUGCACUUCUGCAUUUUCCGCGCACCAAUGUCAUUCUUUGAUUCUACUCCAAGUGGUAGAAUUCUCAAUAGAGCUUCUACUGACCAAAGUUCUGUUGAUACUGACAUUCCAAAUCAAAUUAGUUCAGUUGCCUUCACUCUCAUACAGCUUCUUGGAAUCAUAGCAGUGAUGUCUCAAGUUGCAUGGCAAGUUUUCUUUGUAUUCAUACCUGUCAUUGCAGCCAGCAUAUGGUACCAGCAAUAUUACUUACCAGCAGCGCGAGAACUAUCGCGCUUAGUUGGAGUAUGCAAAGCGCCAGUGAUUCAACACUUUGCUGAAACAAUCUCUGGUGCAUCAACAAUUAGAAGCUUUGAUCAGCAGUCUAGAUUUCAGGAAACAAAUAUGAAACUUUCGGACGAAUAUUCUCGGCCGAAAUUCAAUGUUACUGGUGCUAUGGAAUGGCUGUGCUUUCGCUUAGAUAUGUUGUCUUCAAUCACAUUUGCAGUUUCCUUGAUAUUCUUGGUAUCUAUUCCAAAAGGAGUCAUAAAUCCAAGCAUUGCUGGUUUAGCUGUUACCUAUGGACUAAAUUUAAACAUGGUGCAAGCUUGGGUUGUAUGGAAUCUAUGCCGCUUAGAAAACAAGAUCAUAUCGGUAGAAAGGAUUAUGCAGUAUACUUGUGUUCCUAGUGAGCCUCCCCUUGUUGUAGAAGAAAAUAGACCAGAUCCUUCUUGGCCAUUAUAUGGUGAGGUUGAUAUACAAAACUUGCAGGUUCGUUAUGCUUCACACCUUCCACUUGUGUUGCGCGGUAUCUCAUGCACAUUUUAUGGAGGACUGAAAACUGGGAUUGUUGGAAGAACAGGAAGUGGUAAAUCAACUCUCAUACAAACUCUAUUCCGAAUCGUCGAACCAGCUGCUGGGAGAGUUAUGAUUGAUGGCAUCAACAUAUCAUCAGUAGGACUUCAUGAUUUGAGGUCUAGACUUGGCAUUAUUCCUCAAGAUCCAACCAUGUUUGAAGGGACAGUUAGAAACAAUUUGGACCCUCUUGAAGAGUACACUGAUGAACAAAUUUGGGAGGCCUUAGAUAAGUGUCAACUUGGAGAUGAAGUUAGAAAGAAAGAAGGAAAGUUGGACUCUCCAGUUAGCGAGAACGGCGAAAAUUGGAGCAUGGGACAGAGGCAAUUGGUGUGCCUAGGUAGGGUGCUGCUAAAGAAGAGCAAGAUAUUGGUUCUUGAUGAAGCAACUGCAUCAGUUGAUACUGCUACAGACAAUUUGAUUCAACAAACUCUUAAGCUGCAUUUUGCUGACUCUACAAUCAUAACCAUUGCGCAUAGAAUCACUUCUAUUCUUGACAGCAAUAUGGUCUUGCUUCUUCAUCAAGGAGUUAUUGAAGAGUAUGAGUCACCUUCAAAAUUGCUAGAGGAUAGGUGUUCUUCUUUUUCCCAACUUGUGGCAGAAUAUUCCACUAGGUCCAAGUCAAGUUUUGAUAAAUAUGUUGAUCAAUGAAGAUUCUUUUGAGAAAUCUGUUAAAUCAGUUAAUGUAAUUUGUUUCAUAACUUGCACUCAGUUCAUGUUAGAUGCAAUGAAGUUCUGAUGGGCCUAUAAUGGGUCAUAUAUUGGGCUG